GCGAUGCUCUUAACGGAUUUAAAACGAUGUUUUGUUUUGUUUUUUCUGUGAACUGAUUUUGCAUCUUUACUUUGGAUUCAUUAUUUAUGGCACUGGAUGGUAAAUUUCCUUUUUUCCAUUUCCUCUCUGGGAAAUCAUUCUAACGGAUCUGGGAUGACAAAGACAAUAGGAUACCAAGACUGGAAAUGGCAGGUGCUUUGGUGGCAUAAUUUCUUUCUCUUGUGGAGUACAAUAGACGGGCAGACUCGUUACAGCAUACCAGAGGAACUAAAACAGGGUUCUGUGGUAGGAAAUAUUGCCAAAGAUCUGGGAUUGGGGCUGUCUGAAAUUUUUGACCGUAGGCUGCGCGUCGCCUCUGAGGCUGGAGAGCAGUAUUUCAGUGUGGAUGCGGGGAAGGGCGAGCUGGUGGUGAAUGAUAGAAUAGACAGAGAGGCUUUGUGUGGACAAAGCACCAGCUGUGUGUUGACGUUGCAAAUGGUCAUUGAUAAACCUCUACAGUUGUACCGAGUGGAGGUGGAAAUACAAGAUAUCAAUGAUAAUUCUCCUAGAUUCCCUUCGCCAGAAGUAACAUUACAGAUAGCAGAGUCGACAGCGGCAGGAGCACGUUUUCCUUUGGAGACCGCGCAAGAUCUUGAUGUCGGAGUGAAUUCAGUGAGGUCAUAUAGUCUGAGUAAAGACGAAUUUUUUACUUUAAAGAUCAAAGAUGUGUCUGGUGGAAGGAAAGUGCCAGAGUUGGUCCUAUCUAAAUCCCUCGACAGAGAAAAAAAGCCUACACAUGAACUCCAACUAACAGCUAUAGACGGAGGAAACCCAGUGAAAUCUGGGAUAUCCCAGAUAACCAUAAAUGUACUGGAUAAUAAUGACAAUUUCCCUGUUUUUGAGAAAAACGUUUACAAAGUCUCUAUUAGCGAAAAUAGCGUACAAGGUGCAUCUAUCAUUAAAGUGAUAGCAAAGGAUACUGAUGAAGGUCUCAAUGGAGAAAUAGAGUAUUCAUUUGGGACUCACACACCAGAUAUCGUUCUGUCUUUGUUUGAUAUUGAUUUAUUAACCGGGGAAAUUACUCUAGUAGGGAGUUUAGAUUUCGAAUCAAAAGCUAAUUACGAAAUAGAUAUUUGCGCUAGAGACAAAGGGACUCCGAGAAUGGAAGGGCAUUGCACUCUCCAUGUUGAAGUAUUAGAUGUUAACGAUAAUGCUCCAAAUAUAUUUCUGACUUCCCAACCAAACUCUGUGCCAGAGGAUGCACCGAGUGGGACUGUAGUAGCUUUAAUCAGCGCAAGAGACCUGGAUUCCGCUGACAAUGGUAAAGUGACACUGGCGCUCCCUAACGGCUCUCAUUUUAACCUGAAACCCUCUUUUUCUGAUAAUUAUGCACUGGUUACUGGCGGGGCUUUAGACAGAGAGAGUUCUUCAGAGUAUAAUAUUGAGAUAACAGCUACUGAUUUAGGGUCCCCUCCUCUGUCGUCAAAAAAGACUAUUAAUGUAACCAUCACUGAUGUGAAUGACAAUCCUCCCGUAUUCACUCAGUCUUUCUAUACUGUGUAUUUAAAAGAAAAUGGAGUACCAGGCUCUAUACUGUACUCAGUAUCAGCAUCUGACCUGGAUUUUGGCGAAAAUGCAAAGAUCUCUUACUCUAUACUGGACUCUAAAGUGCAGGACGUUUCUGUCUCAUCUUAUGUUUACAUUAACUCCGAUAACGGCAGCAUCUACAGCAUGCACUCGUUUGACUAUGAGAAACUGAAGGUGUUUCAGAUUCAGGUUCAGGCAAAGGAUCAGGGCUCUCCGUCUCUCAGCAGCAACGCCACUGUACAUGUUUUUAUCCUAGACCAGAAUGACAAUGUCCCCGCUGUUAUUUACCCCUCCUCCGCCGCCCUGGGCUCCCUCUCUCAUCAGAGGAUGCCCCGCUCCGCUAAAGCGGGUCACCUGGUUACCAAGGUGACGGCCGUGGACGCUGACUCUGGCCAUAACGCCUGGAUCUCUUACAGACUGGCGGAGGCCACAGACGCCUCUCUGUUCACUGUCAAUCUGUACACAGGGGAGGUGAGGACUAAACGCGCUGUGUCCGAGCAGGACGACUCCUCUCAGAGGCUGCUUAUAGAGAUCAAAGACGACGGAGAACCGAUCCAAUCAUCCACAGUGACGGUGUCCAUCGUGCUGGAGGACGGUCUCCAUGAGCCCAUCUUAGACCUCCGACAUAAAGCUGCCGAGCCCAGCAAGAAGACUGGGAGGAUCACCCUUUAUUUGAUUCUCUCUCUGUCGUCGGUGUCCGUGCUGUCUCUGCUGACUUUUCUCAUCUUAGCGGUUAAAUGCAUCAGGAGCAGCAGAAGUAGCAGUACUUGCUGCAUGAGACGGAUCGACUGUGAUGAUUACAAGAACCCCAACAGAAACCUGCAGAUUCAGCUCAACACUGAUGGACCUAUAAAGUACGUGGAGGUCCUGGGAGGAGACAUGUUGUCUCAGAGUCAGUCCUUCAGGUCCUGCAUGUCUCCAAUGUCAGAGUACAGUGAUUUCACUCUGAUUAAACCCAGCAGCACCACAGACUUUAAGGAGGUGAUCAGUGUGCUGGAUGCGUCUUUACCGGACAGCACCUGGACCUUUGAGAGCCAGCAGGUGAGAAUAAAUUUGAAAAAAUUGCCUGCAUAUACUUUUCAGUCAUUAUUGUCCUACAUUUUUACUAUGAUGACAAAGAGAAUGGAAUACCGAGACUGGAGAUGGCUGGCUCUUUGGUGGCAUCAUUUCUUUCUCUUGUGGAGUACAAUAAACGGACAGACUCGGUACAGCAUCCCAGAGGAGCUAAAACAGGGCUCUGUGGUAGGAAAUAUUGCCAAAGAUCUGGGUUUGGGAUUAUCUGAAAUAUAUGACCGUAAGCUGCGUGUAGCCUCUGAGACUGGUAAGCAGUAUUUCAGCGUGGAUGCGGGGAAGGGCGAGUUGGUGGUGAAUGACAGAAUAGACAGAGAGGCUUUAUGUGGACAAAGCGCCAGCUGCGUGUUGCCUUUGCAAAUCGUCACUGAGAAUCCCCUGCAGCUACACCGGAUAGAAGUAGAAAUAAGAGACAUAAAUGACAAUUCUCCGGUUUUUAUAACAGAGGAGAGAUAUUUAAAGAUAGCAGAAUCUACUGCCACAGGCAUACGCUUUCCUUUAGAUACCGCGCAAGAUCAGGACGUUGGUAGCAAUUCCGUUAAAUCUUACACACUAAGUAAAAACGAAUGUUUUAGUUUGAAAAUGAAAGAGUUGUCUGGCAACCGACAGGUUCCGGAGCUGGUCCUAGAGAAACUUCUUGACCGAGAGAAGCAAAGUGUUCAUCAAUUAUUACUGACAGCGUUAGACGGGGGGAAUCCUGUCAAAACUGGAACCACAACAAUCGUAGUUACUGUACUUGACAUCAACGACAAUGUUCCUGCUUUUAAAACACCUUUGUAUAACGUAUCUGCACAUGAAAAUAGUGUUGUUGGCUCUGUACUUGUAAAAGUUGAAGCGACAGAUGCAGACGAUGGUGUUAACGGAGAGAUUGAAUACGCAUUUGCUGAUCACACACCCGAGUCGCUGUUAUCGGUUUUUCAAUUGAAUCCACAUACAGGUGAAAUUUCCUUGGUAGGGUCGUUGGAUUAUGAACGCAGUAGAAUGCAUGAAAUAAGUAUUACUGCAAAAGACAAAGGAGUCCCCGAAAUGGAGGGUCACUGUCGUGUACAAGUAGUUGUCAUAGACAUGAAUGAUAAUGCUCCAGAAAUAGUGCUAACUUCAAAACCAAACCCAGUACGAGAGGAUGCACCAAAAGGCACAGUUGUAGCGUUAAUCAGUGCACGAGAUCUUGACUCUGGUAAUAAUGGCAAGGUUAAGUUACAGCUAAAAAAUGGGCCUCCAUUCAGUUUGAAACCCUCUUUUUCUGACAAUUACGCCCUAAUUACAAGCGGGGUUUUAGACAGAGAACGAUUCUCGGAUUAUAAUAUUGAAAUAACAGCCACUGAUUCAGGGUCCCCUCCACUGACCAAUAAAAAAACUAUACUCGUAACCAUCACUGAUGUAAAUGACAAUGCUCCUGUAUUUGUUCAGACUUCUUAUACUGUGUAUUUAAAAGAGAAUGGAGUACCAGGCUCUAUACUGUACUCAGUAUCAGCGACUGAUCCUGAUGCGGGUGAAAAUGCAAAGAUCUCUUACUCUGUACUGGACUCUAAAGUGCAGGACGUUUCUGUCUCAUCUUAUGUUUACAUUAACUCAGAUAACGGCAGCAUCUACAGCAUGCACUCGUUUGACUAUGAGAAACUGAAGGUGUUUCAGAUUCAGGUUCAGGCAAAGGAUCAGGGCUCUCCGUCUCUCAGCAGCAACGCCACUGUACAUGUUUUUAUCCUGGACCAGAACGACAAUGCCCCCGCUGUUAUUUACCCCUCCUCCGCUGCCCUGGGCUCCCUCUCUCAUCAGAGGAUGCCCCGCUCCGCUAAAGCGGGUCACCUGGUUACCAAGGUGACGGCCGUGGACGCUGACUCGGGCCAUAACGCCUGGAUCUCCUACAGACUGGCGGAGGCCACAGACGCCUCUCUGUUCACUGUCAAUCUGUACACAGGGGAGGUGAGGACUAAACGCGCUGUGUCCGAGCAGGACGACUCCUCUCAGAGGCUGCUUAUAGAGAUCAAGGACGACGGAGAACCGAUCCAGUCAUCCACUGUCACGGUGUCCAUCAUGCUGGAGGACGGUCUCCAUGAGCCCAUCUUAGACCUCCGACAUAAAGCGGCCGAGCCCAGCAAGAAAACUGGGAGAAUCACCCUUUAUUUGAUUCUCUCUCUGGCCUCGGUGUCCGUGCUGUCUCUGCUGACUUUUCUCAUCUUAGCGGUUAAAUGCAUCAGGAGCAGCAGAAGUAGCGGUACUUGCUGCAUGAGACGGACCGACUGUGAUGAUUACAAGAACCCCAACAGAAACCUGCAGAUUCAGCUCAACACUGAUGGACCGAUAAAGUACGUGGAGGUCCUGGGAGGAGACAUGUUGUCUCAGAGUCAGUCCUUCAGGUCUUGUAUGUCUCCAAUGUCAGAGUACAGUGAUUUCACUCUGAUUAAACCCAGCAGCACCACAGACUUUAAGGAGGUGAUCAGUGUGCUGGAUGCGUCUUUACCGGACAGCACCUGGACCUUUGAGAGCCAGCAGGUGAGGAGAAAACAGCAGAUGUGCAUUUGA